AUGGAUUCUAUUGUACGCCAAUCCUCUAAGCUAUGUCCAUUUGUUAAGCGGGCAGCUAGUUCACCAACCUUUGUUCAUUCUUUACAAGACAGGGGCGGGAUUUCAACCCAGCUAGUUGGGAAAUGUCCAGUUAUGCAUAAAGUAAUUAGGGAAUAUGCUAGUACCUCCUCUGUUUCUAAGUCUGCUGAGGCUGUCCCAGAAAAAGAAAAGGAUAUUAUUUCUCCAGUUGAAAAUUCUUCAUCUGCUGAAAAAUCUUUCGAUUAUUAUGGUUUAUUUGAGGAUGAGUUGCUUGCCAAGAAACGUGAUAAAUCUUAUAGAUUUUUCAACAAUAUCAACAGGUUAGCCAAAAAUUUCCCAAUGGCUCAUCGUAAAUUAGAAGAAGAUAAAGUUACAGUUUGGUGUUCCAACGACUAUUUGGCGUUGAGUAAACAACCAGAGGUUAUUGCUAAGAUGAAACUUGUCUUAGAUAAAUAUGGUGCUGGUUCUGGUGGUACAAGAAAUAUUGCUGGCCAUAACAAACAUACUUUACAAUUGGAAAGUGAAAUUGCUUCUUUACAUAAAAAGGAAGCUUCUCUAGUUUUUUCAUCUUGUUUUGUUGCCAAUGAUGCUGUUAUUAGUUUGUUGGGAUCCAAGUUGAAAGAUUUAAUUAUUUUUAGUGAUGAGUUGAAUCAUGCUUCGAUGAUUGUUGGUAUUAAGCAUGCUUAUAAGACAAAGCAUAUUUUUAAGCACAACAACUUGGAAGAUUUGGAGAAAAUGUUGCAAAUGUACCCUAAAAACCAACCCAAACUGAUUGCUUUUGAAAGUGUUUAUUCCAUGAAUGGUAGUGUUUCUGAUAUUUCCAAGAUUUGUGAUUUAGCUGAGAAAUAUGGAGCUUUGACCUUUUUGGACGAAGUUCACUCUGUUGGUUUAUAUGGUCCACAUGGAGCAGGUGUUGCUGAACAUUUUGAUUUUGAUACCCAUUUGGUUAAUGGUGUUAAUAAACCAUCAAAUGGGGUGAAAACAGUUAUGGACCGUGUUGAUAUGAUUACAGGUACUUUAGGGAAAUCAUUUGGUACCGUUGGUGGGUAUGUUGCUGGGAGUGGACAAUUAAUUGACUGGAUUAGAUCUUAUGCGCCUGGAUUUAUUUUCACCACUACAUUACCACCAAGUGUGAUGGCAGGUGCUUCCGAAGCUAUCAAGUAUUCCAAAACACAUAUCAAUUUAAGAACUUCUCAACAAUUACAUACUCAAUAUGUCAAGGAUGAAUUGGCUAGGAUUGGUGUUCCAGUUUUACCCAAUCCAAGCCAUAUUGUUCCAGUUUUAAUUGGUAAUCCAGAUUUAGCUAAACAGGCAAGCGAUUUAUUGAUGGACAAACACAAAAUUUAUGUGCAGGCCAUUAAUUUCCCAACUGUUGCUAGAGGUACUGAAAGAUUGAGAAUCACACCAACUCCGGGCCAUAACAUUGAGUUAUGUGACAUUUUAAUUGCCGCUAUUGAUGAUGUCUUUAACGAAUUGAAUUUACCAAGAGUUAAGGAUUGGGAAGCUCAAGGUGGAUUCAUGGGUAUUGGUACCACUAAUAAUACUGAAAGAUUGUGGACUGACGAACAGUUAAAAUUAACCAAUGCUGAUUUAAAUAAAAACGUCCAUGCUUCUGCAGUUGAUGAGAUCGUUUACUCUUCUGGUGUUUCUAUUUAA